CUGUGCAAUUGUAAAGCUGUAUAUAAUAUAGUAUAAUUCAAAAUUCGGCGAUAGACAUUGGAACUCCCACUGUGUGCGUGCUGUUUACAGCUGUCAAGGCAACUGUUAGCCCCGCUAGCUGCUGGGAGUGGGAGCCAACACAAGCCCAAACAAUUUGUAUUUCUUUUUUUAACUACCUACAACAACAUUAAUUUCCUGCGUGAUUAAAUGUUAGUGUACAGUUAACUCGGUUAGUUAUCCCAACUAGGCAUGCAUAGCGUUAUAUGGUACGUGUACAGUGAGUGUUGUAUAGUUUCGUUGUAAAGCAGUAAAGUUAAAGUGUAUAAAAUAAAGCAUGUCGAAAAGUGCGCCCAACCGUAGCUUCCGUGUACCGGCCGGUCCACCGGUGAAGGCACGGAAUGGUUUGCAACCGCUGGACCUACGAUGCGGUCCUGCAAUAAAGACGUCACCCAAUGUUCGGCCACCUGUUGCCGUUCGGACGGCGAAACGAAAGAAUGAAACGCCGAAUGUUCAGCUGGAGAUGGAUAACACGUUUCUAAACGCGAUCGAUUUAGAUAGUAUCGAGCAGCAGAUCAAACCUCCAGCACCGAGAGCAAGAUCACCGUCGAUCCUUCCGUCCCGUGCUGCUCUAAGCCAAAAGAAAGUGACGAACCAAGUGAAACGUUCACAUUCGUUGGAAGGCACCGUUAAGGGCAAAGUGGCGGCAAGUACACCAAAGCGCCGUAAAUCGACUGCAGGAGGUCGACCCAUCUUAGUGCUACACAUGAGCAUGGAGGGAGAGGAACUGGAACCGGAUGAAAACGUUACUAGCAGCCGUUCCACCACGAAGGACAGUGGUUGCUCGGAACGUAAAACCAGCACCGGGUUUGAAGAUGAAGAAGACGAAGAUUACCUGCUGAAUGUGAUGAUUCCGUGCGGGCAGGAGCAAACAACGACCGAUCACUUCAUUCGGGACAAAUUACGACGCCUAAGCGACGUGCAAAUCGGUUCACAGUUUUGUGCAGAAGAUAACGCAUUCGAGGUGUUCACAAACCGUGCGAUCUUUUCGCAGUACAUGCGGCUCGACCAGUCCGUGCUGGAUGAGGGUCUGGAACAGAUUGAUCCAAUAUUUGGCUCCCAGCAUUUGCGUGUUCCGGCUAGCCACACGUCACCGCUGAGUUCGUCUUUACGUAUCGGAGACGACACGCAGUCGCACCGAUUGCAGGUGAGCGAGGUGCAGCGUAUUUUUGCAAACUGCGAACGAACUCUGCUAGAUCUGACGAAUAUCGCACCGGAUGGUGGCUCUCAGGCGAAGUGCUCUUCGAGCCUGGCAGCGAUUAACUGGGAUGAGGAGAUCGACCAUGCGGGCGGACCAUGCGCCGUAGCAGCACCUGCAGCAGCAGCAGCUGGUCCACCACGGGUUUCCUCACUCUUCCUGGAGAAGGGUCCAUUUUUUGGGUUGCCUAACGCGGUGAGGCGUAUAUUGCAUGACUUCCGCGGGAUAGAUGAUCUUUACGAUUGGCAGCGCGAAUGUCUUGCGCUGCCUGCCAUACACGAGAGGCGCAAUCUGAUCUACGCCCUACCUACCAGUGGUGGUAAAACGUUGGUGGCAGAAAUUCUGAUGCUCCGCGAGAUCAUCUGUCGGUUGCGCAAUGUGCUAUUCAUCGUACCGUACGUAUCGCUCGCACAGGAGAAAAUGAUCGCACUCAGUCCGUUUGCGCUCGAGCUACAGUUUCUGCUGGAGGAGUACAGUGGUGGUAAAGGGCAGUGUCCACCCCGCAAGCGACGCAAGAAAAACACCAUCUUCGUGUGCACGAUCGAGAAAAGCCUAAUGCUGAUGGAUUCACUGGUGGAAGCUGGCCGGGCGAAUGAAAUCGGUUUGAUCGUGAUCGAUGAGCUGCACAUGAUCGGUGAAGAGCGCCGUGGCGCUUGUCUGGAGAUGCUUAUCACCAAGGUGCAGGUGCUGAGAGCGGGCAUACAGAUAGUGGGGAUGAGUGCGACGAUCGGCAACCUAACCGAGGUGGCUCGGUUUAUGCUGGCGGACGUUUACUGUCGCGAUUUCCGCCCGGUGGAGCUGAAGGAGUACGUCAAGUGCGGUGAAGAUCUUUACGAGGUGCGAAGUCAGGGACAGGCCGGCCGUACGGAGGACGUUUUUGGUGCGAAGCGUGCGCUUGAGUUUGCCUCGGACUGUUCGGAGGAAUUACGGCGACUCGAUACGGACCAUGUGGUACGCUUAAUACUGGAGGUAAUCCCCGAAAGCUCCUGCUUGGUGUUCUGUCCAACGAAAAGCAAGUGUGAGAGCUUGUGUGCGUUGUUAGCGGCCCAUCUGCCACCACGGUUAGCGGAGCAUAGGGCGGACGAGAAGGAACAGAUCAUACGAGCGCUCAAGGAAGAUGGUUCGGUGGCGCCGGUUUUACCGCAAGCGUUUCGCGUUGGUGUCGCGUAUCAUCAUGCCGGCUUAACGCAGGACGAACGUCGCACGAUUGAGGAUGCAUAUCGGGCCGGCAUUUUGUCGCUGAUCGUGUGUACCUCUACGCUAGCGGCGGGUGUAAAUCUACCGGCGCGACGUGUCAUCAUACGCUCGCCGUACAUCGGCAACUGCUUCCUCACGCUUAGCCGCUACAAGCAGAUGGUGGGACGUGCGGGUCGGGCCGGUUUCGGCGAAACUGGAGACGCGAUACUGAUCUGUGCCCAGCGCGAUAUACCGCAGGUAUGCGAGAUGCUAUGCGCACCCAUGGACGUUGCCGAAUCGGCACUGAUCGCGGAAGAUCGCGCCCAGUUUAAGUCCCUUAUACUGAGUGCGAUCGGAUUGGAUCUGUGCGAGACACGGGAAGCACUGCAGGCGCUCGUACGCUGUACACUGCUAGCCCAGCAGGCCACACGUCGAGCGAUCGAUCUGGAAGCAAUCACCGACGAAACGAUCGUGCAGCUUUACCAAGGCAAUGCGAUCAAGGCGCGGCACGAUAGUUGCUUGCGCAAUCCGCCCAAUAUGCUGGUGGAAAUAGGCACGGGCGCAGUGGAAUCCGAACGGAGCCAAUCAAAGACGGCAAGUUGUGUGCAGUACGAUAGUACGGCUGGGCCGACAUUUGUCCGGGUGCACAAGGCAGCCGCACAUCCGGGCAAAGUGAUCAAGACGAUCGAAAGGACGAGCCCGCUGGAGGUAAAUCGGCUCGGCAAGGCGGCCAUUCGUGCCGGGUUCAAUAUGGAGCGUGCGGUUCGGUUUUACGACGAAAUGAAAUCGCUUGGAGAGAAAUUGUGUGUGCUGGAUGAAUACGAUCUUUUACAUUUGAUUCUGCUUGAGGAAGGUCGUGAGGUGCAGUUUAAAAUGGAUGAUUUUAUCGUACUGGUAAACCAAUUGACGAACGAGCAAUUGAAAAUCGCUGAACGGUACGGCAUUAAUAAUGGGCUCAUUGCGAAGAUUCUCACACGCCGGUCGAUGUCGGGUGACACACAAUCCAAAAUGAUGCGCUUCAUCCGUUUGCUGAUUGUGUACGAUCUGUGGAAACAAACCGCGCUGCAGGAAGUGGCCCAACGGUAUCACAUAAAUGCUGGCUCGCUUCAAACACUCAUGAGCAGUACGGCCGGUACCGCUUACAGUUUGUUGCGCAUGUGUGAAGAGAUCCCGGAGCUAUGGGCGUUCAAGCAUCUGCUGACGGGUAUGACGGAGCGACUGACACACUACUGCAAGCUCGAGUUGCUCCCGUUGCUAGAAUUACCCUCGGUGAAGCUGGGCCGCGCUAGGCAACUGUUCCGGGCAGGAUACACCACGCUGGCAUCAAUUGCACGUGCCAAAUCGAAGGAAUUAGUCGAAACGAUCGAACACCUUAACUAUCGUACCGCAAACCAAUUGAUACUAAGCGCGAAGGCCAAAUUAAUGGAAGAGGUAGACGCACUACGGGAACAGGCAGAGGAGUAUCUUUCGCAGUUGAACCGUUAAGGAUGACUCUCAACUCAAAGUGUUCUUCCGUUCCAAUUUUGCUUCAGUUUUUGUUAUUUUGUACAGUGAAAUAUUGUUGGUUUUUUUGUUAAGACAGUAUCUGUUCGAAUGGAUGAACUUCAGGUUGAACUGGAUCGAACUUAGGUAACCAAAUAGGCAAACUAGACGAAUUAUUGGGCAUGUGUGCUUCAAAAGCCGAAUCCAUCCUUCAGUAGUAAUGGACACCCGCCAAGCGUUUAGUGAUCUGAUGUUGAAAGAUGAAUUUCUUUUCUUGUUAGGUAGAACUACUUGUUCCAGUGAAUUGAACGGAUUGCAAUCGACACCGGUAUUAUGCUCAAAUAAAAACGUGGACAUAA